AUGGCUUCUGGGCAGCUAGGCCGGUCUCAGGUGGAGCUAGUAUCAUACCUGGAGCGCAUCGGUGUGCUGCGCAGGGGGGGGCAGUCCCGGGCGGCUCAGGUGAUGCGUCAGGUGGACCGCGGUCUGUUUGUUCCACCUGGCCCGUGGGUGCACGCGUAUCAGGACUCGCCCCAGACCAUAGGCUUCAACGCCACCAUCUCUGCCCCGCACAUGCACGCCCAGUGCCUCGAGCUCCUGGAAAAUCACCUGCAGCCGGGAAUGCGAGCUCUGGACGUGGGGUCGGGAACGGGCUAUCUCACAGCGUGCUUUGGCCUGCUACUGGCACCCACGGGGAAGGCCGUGGGGGUGGAGCAUAUACCAGAGCUGGUGGAGCGGUCAAAGCGGGACAUGGCGAGGAGCGCAGCGGGGCAUCUGCUGGAGAGCGGGGUGAUAGCGCUGCACACGGGGGACGGCAGGCAGGGGUGGCUGCAUGACAGCCCAUAUGAUGCCAUUCACGUGGGAGCGGCAGCGCCAGAGAUCCCACUGGCCUUGAAGCAGCAGCUGAAGGAGGGAGGGCGGAUGGUUAUACCCGUGGGCACGUGGUCACAGGAUCUGCUCGUGGUGGAUAAGCUGCCAGGUGGCCGCUUCAAAGAGAGCCACGUGGCAUCUGUGCGCUACGUGCCACUCACCAGCAAGGACGAGCAGCUGGAGGGGUACUGA